AUGUCCUCGGAGAAGAUUCCAACAGAGAAUGGUAUGUCGUACGAAGAUUUACAUCGUGAACUUGAUCUUCCAGCAAAAUAUCCUUCACUUGUUUUUAUAUGGAAGCUGUGGGCUCUUACUACUGCUUACUUUUUUACUUUUUACUUUACAUUACUUUUUACUUCAUUUUUUUCACUUUUUUCCACUUACUUUUUUUCGUUAUCUGCACCCUUUCUAGACUCUUCAACCGAGACACAACUACGAGUGCUGACACUCAAUGUUUGGUGCCUUCCGCAACCAUGGCCGAUUGGAAGCAAAGAUAGGAAAUUUCGUUUGAAAAAAUUGGCUGAGGCAAUUCUUAGAGAAAAUUAUGAUAUUGUAGGAUUACAGGAGGUAUGGGUAGAAACCGAUUAUCUGGAUAUGGUCGAUAGGCUUGCCAAUCAAUUUCGAUUUCAUCACUAUUUCCACUCAGGAUUUACAGGAAGUGGAGUAUGUGUAUUCAGCCGUCAUCCUAUAGUUUCUACACUUACGCUUAGAUAUUCAUUGAACGGUUUCGCACAUCAUGUUCAUCGAGGAGACUGGUUUGGUGGCAAGGUGGUGGGAUUGGUGGAAAUAGAGGUUGGUGAGAUGAAAGUGAAUUUCUAUUGCACCCACCUUCAUGCCGAGUACGAUAGGGAACAUGAUAUGUACCUGUCUCACCGGACUGCACAAUCUUAUGAACUAAGCCAGUUUGUCCGUCAUACGUCUUGUGGGGCCGAUGUUGUUAUAGUAACGGGCGAUCUGAAUAUGGAACCGGAGGACUUGGGGCUAAGGUUAAUUCUGUCACAAGCUCGCCUUCUUGAUUGUUGGCGUCUUGCACAUCCCGUCACUCCGCAAGACAAUGUCUCAUUGUCGAAAAAUCGAGGCGUUGACCGUGGCGGCACAUGUGAUCGUCCUGACAAUUGUUAUUCUUCUAAACGUUUUAGAGAAAAUGAUGAAAGCAAAAGGAUAGAUUAUAUAUUGUUCAAAAGUGGCCGAAUGUCUGUCUCGUUGGAGGAAUGCGAAGUGACAAUGAAUAAGAUCCCUGAUGAAAAUAUCAAUUUUUCCGACCACGUGGGACUGCAAGCACAGUUUAGAGUAGAAUCCGAGCAGCGUCAGGUAUGCCUUGCUUACUCAUUUGUGUCUCGUUCCUUCUUUCUUUGCUUAGAUAAUAAGUCUCCUCUCUCAUAUCGAUUGAAAUUUUCUCUCAGCUAUUGCCCUUUGUUUACAGUAGCAGCUGUCAUUCGGUAUGUGCAUAAUUUAGAAUUUAAAGUGCGGUUACAUUUGCAAACAUAA